AUGCGUUAUGCGGACUUCAUGGAAGCCAAGUCUCAGCAGAGAUUAUCCGGUGCCGACAGGAAGAAGCUAAAACGAACCAUUAGAGACAAAUUCCCAAGAGCUUCUGAUUCUGACCUAGACAUUCUACUUCCUCCUAAGGUAGAGAUAACAGUGGCCAAGUUUCAAACUCGAGUUCAUGUGUAUGCUGUGGAGGGAGGUUUUCCUGUGUUUUUCGACGUCGAUGGUCGCGGUUCGGACAUUUUCCCAACAGUUUAUGCUCUAUGGAUGGUCCCUGAGCUUCUGCCAGCUUUCAUACUCAAGGGUGGCGAGGUUUCUCGGUAUGUUAUAGGUGGAGCUGACUUGAUGUUCCCUGGUAUACUUGUGCCUCCUGAAGGUCUUCCAUCAUUUGCGGCUGGGGAAACAUGGGCGGUUAAAGUACCCGAAAAUCCUGCACCCAUUGCGGUUGGGAGUACAACGAUGAGCAGCGUCGAAGCUUUGAAAGCUGGGAAACGUGAAAAAACUGAGAAAUCUAUUAGUCUUGAAGUUCUACAACGUUAUUUCGCUGGGAGUCUUAAAGAUGCUGCAAAAAGCCUUGGCGUUUGUCCUACUACAAUGAAGCGCAUCUGCAGGCAGCAUGGUAUAUCCCGUUGGCCAUCUCGAAAGAUCAACAAGGUUAACCGUUCCCUGUCAAAGCUCAAACGUGAUAUUGAAUCUGUGCAAGGGGCUGAAGGGACGUUUGAUUUGAAUUCUCUCAACGCUAAUCAACUCCCAGUUGCUGGUUCUUUUCCCGACCAUUCUACUCCGAACAAGUCCAGCCAGCAAACUUCAUUAAACAUUAGUCCAUCAGAGCCUCAGAUGAAAGAAAAUGAAUUUUAUGCCCCUAAAGUAUUAGACACAAACAUACUCUGCAAAACAGCCCCACACCAGACCAACAGACAACAUUCUGCACAAACCGUACCAGUUGCAUCAAGACACACUAGCUGGCAGUACCUGCUAUGGCUGGUACAAACCGCAGGAAAACAACAUGCCAGACAAUUCCUGCACAUGAAAGCAACAGACAUGAAAUAA